AUGACUGACAGAUACAUGUUUGUACUACUCUGGGCAUCUCAGGGCAACACUGGGCCUUCAGCGUUUUGGCUUCUCCUCUACCUUAUGAAGGACCCAAUUGCAAUGGAGGCUUUGAGGAAAGAAGUAGAUAAGGUCCUUAAGGAGUCUGGGCAGGAGGUCCGACCUGGUGGUCCUCCAGUCAAUCUAACCUACGAAAUGCUCAUGAAAACACCAGUUUUAGACAGUGCUGUUGAAGAAACUCUUCGUAUUAAAGCAGCACCGCUCUUCACCAGACAUGUCCUUCAAGAUAUGACCCUGGAAAUGGCUGAUGGUCAUCAGUUUUUUAUCCGCAAAGGAGACCGCAUGGCUGUUUUUCCCUACGUUUCUGUUCACAUUGACCCUGAGAUCCACCCUGACCCAUACACCUUCAAGUACGACCGGUUCCUCACUCCAGAAGGUACAAAGAAAACAGCUUUCUACAAAGGAAACCAGAGGGUCAAAUACUACAGCAUGCCUUGGGGGUCUGGGGUGUCCAUGUGUCCUGGUCGCUUCUUUGCCACCAACGAGAUCAAGCAGUUUGUUUUUCUUAUGCUGGUCUACUUCGACUUUGAGCUGAUGAACCCAGAUGAGAAGAUACCACAAAUCGACACCAGACGGUGGGGAUUAGGAAUCAUGCACCCGGACAGAGAAGUCAAAUUUCGUUACAGGCUUAGAUAUUAAAUGCACAAAACUGCCAUGAUCUUUUUGCAGUUCAUAUUGUAAAAAGUAAAAAUGGGCCAGAACAUGCAGAACAAAAUAUGUAACUUCUUUUAUCUGAAAUAAAUAGUAGUUUGGUGCUUCGAUUGUUGAUUCUGUUAAAAUGUGCACUGUUUCUCAUUCCUUUAUGUAGAUUCUCCUUUUUUAAGUGUAAGUUGUCAAUCGCUCUCUGAGAUCAGAAAGGCAGGUACAUUUUUAUCCAAGCAUGUCGUUCUAUUAGUGUUGGUGACUCGUUCUCACACAUAAAUACAUAAAUACAUUGGUUUGUUUUUUGAUAACAUUGUGGCACAUCAAUAAUCACUUUUCCCUUUUUAUUUUUGGUUAUAUGUUAUAGCCACGGGUUCCACGAGAUUUUUCGUCAGUGCUUAAACUUUUAGGUGUGAAAUAAAGUUAGACAAUUUUAUCUGAACUUUUUUCUUUUGGCUUAUUUAAUAAUAAAUCACAUUAAGACAAGAACAUAGCCAUUGUCUCGCUUCCCUUCAGAGUUCUGCACGGGUCCAUUUUUGGAGACCCACACUGGUCGGGACCUUUGUGGUACAGCACCGCACCAUGAUACCACAAAUCGACACCAGACGGUGGAGAUUAGGAACCAUGCAACCGGACAGAGAAAUUAAGUUUCGUUACAGGCUUAGAUAUUAAAUGCACAAAACUGCCAUGAUCUUUUGCAGUUCAUAUUAAAAUAAGUAAAAAUGGGCCAGAACAUGCAGAACAAAAUAUAUAACUUCUGUAAUCUGAUGAAAAUCAUAUUUUGAUGCUUUGAUUGUUGAUUCUGUUAAAAUGUGCACUGUUUGUCAAUCCUUUAUGUAGAUUCUCCUUUUUUAUGAGUAAGUCGUCAGUCACUCUCGUCGUACAUUUGAUUCACCUGACCCACCCGUGUCUAAUCACUACCAGCCCGUAAAAUUCUCCAACAUUAAAACCCGCCCAUUUCAGCAGCUACUUGCAGGUACCCGACCCGGUGCAGGACUCUGCUUCCCUUGUGACCGUGGGGAGUCUGCCACCGCGAAGAGCCUGCUUCUUGUCUCCACAUCAUGU